GGAAGCCCGGCGACAGGGGGCGCCCCGGAGCCACGGGGAGACCGCGAGGCGCCGACUGGAGCCUGCAGGCGGUGCUGCCCCUGCUUCCCACCUCCCCGCGCCCCACCCCGAGGCUGGGGCUUCGGAGGAUGCAGCUGGCAAAAACAGUUAUUCAAAGGAAUGAGGACUUCAGGAGCAACAUAAUUAAAACACACGGCAAAUGACUGAGUUUUUCUUGGCUCUUGACAAAUCAACAGGAAAAACAUUAACUUUUGGACUACGUCCAGAGUAGCACCAUCUCAUGGGCAUUCCCUCCUCCUACAAUUUCAGAAACCCUUUGGUAACUAACUAAGAAAAUGCAGAAGAUCUUGCAAACAGAGGAAAUUACCAAUACCCAAGCUCUUAGAAAAGGAAAGAGGAAAAGGACGGAGACGAUGGACUCAGAGAAUGCGAACAGUGACCUGGAUAAAGGGCAGAGAGACCCGUAUUCGGGAAAUGCCUUUCUGCCCGGUGAGAGCUCCAGUGAGGAUGAAGACCCUCUAGCAGAAUUGUCGAAGGAGGAAUUGUGCACAAAAAUAAGAGGCCUGAAACAAAAACUAACAAACAUCCGGAAAGAAAACAGCCGCCUUCGACAGUCUUUGGUCAUGCUUCAAGUUUUACCACAGGCCGUCACCCAGUUUGAAGAAUUGGUUGGUAUGGCGGAGGCCCUGCUCAAGGGUGGAGGAACCCUGUCCACGUCUGCGUCCACCCUCUGGAGAGCAACAAAUAACUCCUCACCAGAUUCAUUUGCCUCCACAUGUAGUAAUUCUAAUUCUAAUUACAGUUCACCAAUUUCCUUGAAAACUGAGGAGGAGCAUCACGUGGAUGAGAAACAGUUCAAGAUUGAAAAAUGGCAGAUUGCCCGUUGCAACAAGAGCAAGCCUCAGAAGUUUAUUAAUGAUUUAAUGCAAGUGCUCUACACAAAUGAAUACAUGGCCACACACAGCCUGACGGGGGCAAAAUCCUCUACUUCAAGGGACAAGGCAGUGAAACCAGCUAUGAAUCAGAAUGAAGUUCAAGAAAUCAUAGGAAUCACAAAACAAUUAUUUCCCAACACAGAUGAUGUUUCAAUUAGGAGAAUGAUAGGGCAAAAGCUAAACAAUUGUACCAAGAAGCCAUAUUUGAGCAAAAAUCUGAACUCUCAGGAUAUUAAGUAGAUCCUUUCGGUAUUAUAGUUACCUGAAACAAAAGAACCUUCAGUAGUAAAUCUAACAUUGGAUUUUGCUGGAGACUCUGCAGCCUCCCUGGCAGUGAGCACAGGGACAGGUGCAGUGAGUGACAGGCUGGGAGAAACCUGCGACAUUGUUGGGCCGCCCUAAUGGAGCACAAGCUUGUGAAGAAGCUGCAUGUAGAUUUCACCCUCAGUACCAGUGAGGCAUCAAACCAGAGAAUUUCUAGCAGGCCCAUGAGCAUGCAAUAUGGUUUCUUGGAAAUAUGCACUUUCCCACCCCAAAGUGGUCCUUUGUACAGCUAAACUAACAGGACAAUCAGAGCUCUUACCCUAGCAACAAAAACUUUAACCCCAAAGAUUCAUCAUUGUCCUAAUCAAUCCCUGUACGUUUAUUAUUACCAAUGACUCUCCAUUUUAGCUUUUGGAUCUUUAGUAUAAGCACAUGUUUGGAAAAGUAAACAGUGAAAUAAUCAAUGUUCACAAACAUGACAGCAGCAAAAUCAGCCUAAAAUCUGAUAAUCAUAUCUAAUGAAGUAACAGAGUUUUGGCAAUAAGAUUACAGGAUUAUUCUGUUACAUAAAAUUGUAUAAAAUAAGAAUCUGAAAAAAUUAGAACAGCAAGACCUUUUUAUUUGAAUAUUAAACUAUUCCACUGUGCUCCUGAAAAAGAAAUAAACCCAAGUUUUCGUGAUUGCUAAAACAAUGCAUCAACUUUUUAAAAAAUCUUUUUUCAUGUUUGUUUGUUUACAUGCUUCUUUUUAUUGCCCAAAGUAUAUUAAAUAUGCAUGUGUAAUACAAAACAUCACACUGCUACAUUGCUUAGUUUUAACUGAUUUGUUUUCAUAGUAUCAGAAGAGAAAAUAAUUGAAAACAAAAUCAUAUGGGUUUAGUAAUCACACAUAUAUACAAAUACCAUUUUGUAAAUGAAUAAAAGAUAAAACAUUCUUUAUCAACAGGCCUCUCGUUUGAUAUCAGGUUGUCACACGUGACAACUGUACAAUGUCAAGCCAUGCUUCUUCAGUGUACAAGGCCAUGUUCAAACUUGGAAAGGAGGAUGAUUAUGAUGGUUAAAAAGUCCAGCACUGUGGACCCAGGAACAUUCCAUAAAUGUUGCUUGAUAACAAUGUGGUUGUACAAAAUAAAUAUUCUUAAGGAAAUAACUUAUGUUAACAUUUGCUACUUUUACUUAAAUAUAAAUAAAUCCCAUUGAAAACAUAAAAAGUAUUUGCUUUUUUCUU